CGCACGUAAAUCGAAGUCGUGUAAUCGAGACAGGGAAACAGUGGUCUCGCUCUCCUUUAUCAAGCUGGAAAUUAAGGUUUUGGUGUCACCAGAGCAUUCGCGUCGCAUUUGUAUCUUUGUAUCUCAAACUUACGUCAGCUCUGAAGACUCUGAAGCCGCUCUAAUUGAUCAGUAAGGAUGUUCUCUAUUCACCUUCUAUUAUGUUGUGUAUUUGCAACGGUCUUGUUGACUCGCCUGACUCCGGCGACGGCGGCGGAGAUAGACCUAUUUGAGGUUUUUGGUAUCAAUUCCAACACGGAAGGCAUAAAACAGGUCCAGGGCCUUACUCAAGAGACUGGUGAUGCUUUUAAGAUCGGAAAACACUUUCCAAGAAUGGAAUUGUCAAGCCAAGGUUUAGACACAAUCAGACGUAUGUUGAUGAAAUACAGACAAAUUUUCGUCGUCGCAAACUUGAGGGUCAAAGAUUUUUCUCACGGAACACUCUUCUCGAUGGAGUCCAAGAUCACAGGGAAAACUCUACUAUCCGUCUGGAUAAGUUGUUAUCGGACUUGUCGGCUGGGCAUCACCUACCAAACAUCAGAGUUAAAAAUCCGGGAAGCUUCAUUUCACCGUAUCGGAGCGUUAUCUGAUGGUAAAUGGCAUAAAAUCGCGCUGCACAUUUUCCCGCACAGUCAUCCCAAGAAAACAUCUGCCGAUCUGUACGUGGAUUGCAAGAUGCUGAGUCGAAGGAAGUUGUUAACGGAGAUAGAGGAUCUUGUCCCAUCUUCCCCAAAAAUAUCUCAAGAUAUCGUGUUCCUAUUUGGGAGGAGAAGUGGAAAGAUAGACAGUGCAACGCUGAUUUGGAAGGGAAGCCUUCAAAACGUCAAGUUUGUGUUUAACAAGCAAGUGGAAGAGUUGAUGAACAGUACAACUUGUCCGUCUCCCAGUCCAUCCGAUUUGCAAGAGGAUGAAGGAGAAGUCUUUUCUGCUGGUUCUCUUCACUCACCGCAGAUUAGAGGCCAGACUAGGACGGCAUCGGUGGCAGUCCCUGGAGUUCCUUCUUUGCAGUAUUCCACUCAAGAUUUGAUGAUGGUCCUUGUUAACAUGCAGAAAGAGGCACAAAGACGAGAAGAGAGUCUUCAGAAAUCUCUGCUGGAUGUGAAGGAGAGAUUGCAGUCCCAGUCUGACGACCUGACGUCUAUUAAGAAAACUCUUGAAAACGGUGUUUGCUCCAGCAGGGCUUUCUCUCCAGGAAGGGGAAAUGAAGACAAGUGUUCCCUGAAGCCUUGUUUCCCGUUUGUCGAAUGUGUGAACACGCCUGAUGACGGGCUCGGGUUCAAGUGUGGCGAGUGUCCGCCAGGAUACGCUGGGAACGGAAUGAGGUGUGAUGACGUUGAUGAGUGUUUGUAUUCACCCUGUUCACCGCAUGCGACUUGCACCAAUCUCCAGCCGGGCUUUGAGUGCAGUGCGUGCCCUAAAGGAUUUCUGGGUAAUUCUACCGUGGGCAUCGGCAGAGACUUUGCUGAACAUAUCAAACAGCUUUGUCACGACGUAGAUGAAUGCAAUGACGGAAGAAAUGGUGGUUGCUCCGUUUUUUCCAAAUGCAUUAAUACUCAGGGGAGCUUUUCUUGUGGUGCCUGUCGAGAUGGAUAUGUCGGAGAUCCUUACAGUGAAUGUGUUCGCGUCCAGUUUUGUUCUGGUGAUCCCAAAACAAAUCCUUGCGGCAAAGGAGCGGAAUGUAUACCAACAAAGAAAGGCGCAGCUUAUGAGUGCAGGUGUAAGCCAGGCCUGGCUGGGAAUGGAUUCGUGUGUGAUGUUGACCAGGAUAUGGACGGAGUCCCGGAUGAGGAGUUGAACUGUACUGGAGAUCCUCGCUGUGCGAAGGACAACUGUAAAAAUGUCCCAAAUUCUGGACAAGAAGACGUGAACAAAAAUGGCCGAGGAGAUAUGUGUGAACAGGACGUGGAUGGUGACAGAUUGUCAGAUUUCAGGGACAACUGCCCGCUUGUUUUCAACAAAAAUCAGAGAGACUCAGAUCGUGACCGGAUCGGGAACGAUUGUGAUAACUGUCCUGACAUUCCUAACCGUGAACAAAACGACGCAGAUGGCGAUGGGAUAGGGGAUGCUUGUGACCCUGACAUAGAUGGAGAUGGCCUCAGAAAUGUCUUCGAUAAUUGUCCUCUGGUUCCAAACAGAAAGCAAACAAACAAGGACGGCGAUGCCUUUGGAGAUGCUUGUGAUAACUGCCCCUUCACAGCCAAUAGUAAUCAAAAUGACAAAGAUAAUGACGGCUGGGGAGAUGCUUGCGACGUGGAUCGAGAUUACGACAACGAUGGAAUAGAAGACAGGUUUGACAAUUGUUUGAGUCAAGAAAAUCCAGAUCAACUGGAUACUGAUCAGGAUGGAAAUGGUGAUCCAUGCGAUAGCGAUGACGAUGGAGAUGGUGUUCCCGAUUACAGGGACAAUUGUCGACUGCUGUUUAAUGUCGAUCAAAAGCAAACCAAAAGUGAUACAUACGGCGAUGCUUGUAUUGAAGACUUCGACGGUGAUGGUGUGCAGGAUAAAGAAGAUGCUUGUCCUGCCAAUCCCAGCAUAACGCGAACAGACUUCAUUUUGUACCACACGUUGGCUAUUGACCCUGCUGGCACCAAACAAGAAAGGCCCCUCUGGAAAGUCAACAAAAAAGGCAAUGAAAUACAGCAAGUUGUGAACAGUAUCGCUACAAUGCUCAUUGGAAAGCAAAUAUUCCGUGAUGUGGAAUACAGUGGAACGUUCUUUGUGAACACGGAAUCUGACGACGACAUCAUAGGCAUUGUCUUUGGAUACCAAAGUCCCAAAAAAUUCUUUGUGGCCUCAUGGAAACAGAAGAGACAAGUCUACUGGGACACCAAACCGAUCAGAGCGAGGGCAGAGUCAGCUGUCAACAUCAAGAAAAUUAACUCAAUAAGUGGUCCAUCGAUCAUGCUUCGGAAUGUUCUUUGGCACACGGGAAACGUCACGCAUGAGGCAACUCUUCUAUGGAAAGAUCGACAGAACGGUCACGGCUGGCGUGAUAAGACAGCUUAUCGAUGGCAACUGGUUUAUCUACCAUCGAAAAGUACCAUGAGGCUGAAAAUUUGGAAAAAGUACAACAAAUUAAUGAUAGAUAGCGGUGUAAUAAAAGAUCCUGAUAUUCGUGGAGGAAAACUCGGCGUGAUGUGCUUUUCACAAGAGAAAAUCAUCUGGUCAGCGAUAUCUACACGUUGUCUAGAUCCGCUUGAUUAAAAGAAAUCUUACCUGCUGGGAUCAAUAAAACCUCUGGGAAUAAAAUCCUCGGAGAGGACUUCAUUGUACAAAUAUAUUUUGACAGAGUUAAAUUUAUUGUUAUGAAGAAAGUAGCUGUUGCCGUGGACCUGUUGCAAUAAUUCAUCAAGUGUCAACUAUGAUGCGUCAUUGGACGAGGCCAUGGCAAGGCAAUAGUGAUCACAUGGGAACUUUGCCCUCAAGUUCUAGCAUUCAACGGGUGUUCACGCGAUAGUUCACACGAUCAUAGGCAGUGGAGCUCUGGGUUAAAAAUUCGCGCGAGUAACGAGAGAGGCCUCGUUUCAGGGUUAGAAAUUCACCCGAGUAGCGAGGAAGAAAGCCUCGUUAGUAUGAAGCCACUAUAUCAAUUCGAAUGAUAAGUGUUCUGGUACAGUUGGCUUAUAACCGUCUUAAAAUAUUGAGUUAGGCUCGAUUAAGCCACAGAACAAUUAUUAGGUAUUACAACGACUAGUUGUUUUUUUUCCUUUUUUUUUUUUUUUAGCAAACUAGAAUAAUCCAUCACGUAAUGGUAGAGUAGGAAAAUGUACCUCUUCCACACAUGGAUGUGUAUAUAAAUGCAACAGAGAAAGUUAGACAGUUUUAGCUCCUGCUUCGCCUCGAGCAUGUUUAUGAACUGCUAUUUCCGGAAAGAGAUAUAUCUUGAGAAUUCUUGGACGGAGUAAAUUAAACAUUUAAACCGCUCAUUCUUUCCCCUGA